AAUAAAGCAUUGGAUACAAAGUUGUAUAUUGAUAUUAAUAAAUAUGAUCUUGGAAGUGAGUUUUUUUAACCAAAGAUAACAAAAACAGAUUGCAAAAUGAUCACUGGUAUGAGGAUAGAAAGUCUGACACCUAGAAGUAAAUACUGGUAAAUAUAAUAAAGUUCUCAGUAAUUAUCUUUGUAGAUACAAACUUGAAACUAUACAAAGCAACACUGUCGGGAAAAUAGCUGAGUGAAAAUGAUCUCUAAAAUGUUGUGUUAUGUUUAGAGUGUUCAACCAACAAUCAAGAAAAAAAAUCGUAGUUUGAUUUAAAAUGUUGUGCUCCUACAGUUGCAGGUUUUACUAUUGCCAUAAGAUCAGGUUUCAUCGUAUAGAAACUAGAUUAAAUGGGAAAGCGUGAGCAGGAAGUAAUAGUAAACCUAAUUUCCCUUCUAAAUAGCAGUGAUGGUGACACACUUCGAUUGUGAUAAGAAUUAGCAAAGAAAAAGGUGAUAGUUUCUAGUAAGACUUUUGAACAACUUUGUUGUACAUGUACGAUAUCAAAAUAUAGUCUGGGAAAACUUUCAGGCCCUUACAAUAAAGUUAAAUAUUUUCAUGUCACACUGAAUGGAAUUUAAAUUUUUUUUGAAUUUAUCAAAAUUUUAGAUACAAAUAUAAACUAAGCUCAUAAGAAAAUUCACAUAAAAAUGAAUAGCAAAAUUUUACACCUGCUAUUGUUUCAAAUCACGAGUGAUUAUAGAUCAUGUAUUCCCAUUUCUAAUUGAGUAGUAUUUUCGUUAAGCGACAAUAGACAACAGAUGACUCAUUUUCCUGAUAAAGUGAACUUCUUGGACUCAUUGAUGCGAUGGCUCAUACAGUAGAAACCCUAUAGAAACCAUAUGUUAAGGUGCAGAGUUACAUUAAUAACAGUCAAUGUCUACGAUAAACAGCAAUAUACCAGUCAAGUCAAUUAUUUAUCAUUUGUUGGAGCAAAAAAUUGAAAUUUAUUGUAUGAAUUAAGACUUGAAAGGUACUGGAAAGAGUACUGGAGAAUUAAGAUCACCUGAUGUUACUUUAAUUAGCUUUAGUUUUUUUUACUAAUUCAGAUAAAGUUUGAUUGUAAUAUAGACAGUGAUGGAAUUAAUUUUAAAACGGACUCGGAUAUUUGCAGUGUUCAUAAGUAUCAACAUUCUUCAUCUUCAUGGUGCAAUCAACAAAUGUCCGGGUAUAAAGGAUGUGUGUGUGACAGGAUCUGCAGUAGGGAUGGUAUUCGAUUCAGAUGUAGUGAAGCAGAAGAUCCACCACUUCAUCUCAUACCACAUGAAAAUAUAACAUCAAUUUUAUUUAUAAGAUCAACUUUUCACAAUAUAUCAGCAAUAUAUGAACUACGGAAAACUAAUGCAAGAAGAAUAUCGUUAAUUGAAAACAAGUUUGUACACAAAAAAAUGACUUCGCUGAAUUGGAACUGUAUGCCAAGCACAAUAUUCAAUAUUUCUGUAUCAGAAAACGGCUUUGAUGGAUUCACAGAUGGAAAUAAAACGGGAAUGGCAUGUAGACUACACAGAUUUAAGAACAAUAUCACAUUGCAGAUAAGAGGGGAAAAUAUUAUAGGAAUGCCAGAAUGCAUACCCGAAAGUACUAGCACCCUCAUUCUCAACAAUAUGCCUGCAAGCAAUGAAACUCAACCUGAAGUAAAAUGGCCGGAAAAGAUAUCCCUAUUAAAAAUAGUUGGAGGUGGAAUGAAAAAUUUUUCUAAAGCUUUUGCAGAUGCACCCAGCUCCUUGAAACGAAUAUGGAUACAUAACGGCAUUCUUGAUGAAGGGAAAUGGCCAACAGGAUUACCAGCAAACUUCGUAGAAAAGUUGAUCCUGACCCAUUCAAAAAUGCAUACCAUUCCAUCUACGGAAAUGAAAAGAUUUCAGAAAGCUAAUAAAUUAAAUACACUCAUCUUGAAUUAUAAUAAUUUGAAAGACAUUCCAAAAGAUCUCCCCUUAUCAUUGAUCAACCUACAAAUGUCUCACAACAAAAUCUACCAAGUGUCACCAAAAAACUGGGAAAAUUUGUCAAACCUGAAAUUUUUAGAUUUAUCUAAUAAUCUUCUGGUGAUGGUACCAAGACAAAUGCCUUCUACAUUACAAACAUUAUACUUCCAUGGAAAUUUGAUAGAAUUCAGUGACCCUUUCAUUGCAAUGAAAAACUUGGAGUACUGAUCUGUCAGAUAACAAGCUAUCAUCUAUGCCAAGAGGAAUCCAGCCUGGAAUACAGAAUAUUUGAUCACCCACAAUCAAAUAUCAAUUGUGAACGGGCCAAGUGAUUACAACUUCUGUACAAGUUGUUCAAUAUUCCAACUGCAAGCAAACCCAUGGUAUUGCAACACACAAAUGCUGCAAAUGCUCAGUUGGCUGAUAAGUCACGAUAUCAUAAUAGGAAGUUCAGGGUUUUAUGAAAAAAGUGACACAGAAAAUGUUGCUUACUGCAGUAAAAUUCCAAUAAAAGGUAUUGAUAUAUACUGGCUGAAUGUGGCAAUUGAAUACAUGGAAUAUAUCAAGCAACCACCAAAUGACAAAUGCAUCUAUGAAAUCGAGUAUUUAACUUGUCGGGAUGCAGGUCUAACAUCAGUGCCAGAUCAAAUUCCACCAAACUUGGAAGAGGUGAUAAUCUCAGACAACCCACAUCUGACAUUUAUACCCGAUGACAAAUUCAAAACACAAACUGAAUUGAAAAAAUUAAUUUUAAACAAUAACAGUAUCAGCCACAUUCCAAUUGGUUUGCCAAAAUCAUUGAUAAUGCUUGAAUUGAGAGACAAUGAGAUUGGGAACUGGAAUUCAAGAGAUUUGAUAGCACUGCAGAACUUGACAAAUUUAAGACAAAUAUAUCUGGAAAACAACAAUAUAAGUGUACUUUACGCUUAUCAGUUCGAAGGACUGACAGAGAUGAAUUGGGUUGGAUUGAGCAGAAAUCAACUGCAUUGUGACUGUUCCCUGCAAUCCUUUGUUAUCUGGUUUAAUGACAUAGCACCAAGAGACUACAAGUUUGUCGGGCCUUCAUUUCCUGAAUGUAGUUCACCAGUAAGUCAACAAGGUAUGGACAUCCGCCAUCUACAUGGACAUUUCACAUAUGGAGUGCAAUGCGCACCAAUUAGAUGUGAAUGGAAAAGCAACAACCGACCAAUACUGAAUUGUUCAAGGGCUUUUCUGAAUGAUGAUUCCAUUAAUACCUACAAACCCCCAUAUGAAGAAGGAAUUGCUCCCGUUAUUCCAGAAAACAGUUAUUGGACAAGUUUGGAUCUAAGUGGAUUGAUGCUGAAGGAUGACCAAAUUCAAUACAGCCAUCUAACAAGGUUGAUGUCGGUCAACUUAUCAGAAAAUUCUCUCACACAAAUACCUCUGACUGGAUUUGGUCCAUCCGUGCAAAUUAUGAACUUAUCUCGGAAUUUUAUCGAACAUCUGCCAUCGACACAAGAAUUCAAGAAAUAUUUUCCAAAGAUUAAGUCACUGGAUUUGAGCAAGAACAGAAUCAACAGGUAUCCUUGGAAACUACUUUCGUUAAUUUGAAUGAGAAAACGUCAGCCAGCAUGACUUAACACUUGAAAUAUUACUCAUCAAUAAAUAAAGUUAAGCAACAUUGCAAUUUUAUAGACACCUUGAUUUUGUGGAAGUUGGAACAUUGGAGUUCGUAGAUACCUUAUUGCUGACCGGAAAUCCUUUCAUUUGCAACUGUUCACUUAGAACAUUAGUUGAAUGGAUUCAUGUGAACAAAG